UCAGACGGUAGGUGGCAAACGGACGGACUCCAUCCGGCCCCACUUAUACAUCUGCCUCCUUCCACUGGAAGAAUCCACAGCCUCCCACCCGUUGCCUUAUCUUCUCCAAGCUCUCUUGCAACAAUCAAAAUGAAGAAGAUGGCAAGCUCCUCCUCCUCCUCCCAGGCCGGCGGGGUGCUCCCGUUGAUCCCUUGCCUAGAAUGUCGUUGCAAGGUGGUGACCUUCGUUUCCCGUGCGGGAGAACAGUUCUACAAAUGCGUCACGAAAGAUGCUGGGCUAUGCCCGUUCAUGAGAACGACGGACACCUACCUGCCGGAGCUCACUCGUGUCGGUAUAGCUGAACCUCAGGUGCUGCAUCACUCCAUGGCCAUGCACCAAUCCGCCCCAGUUCAGCGUAGAUCCAGUCGGGAGCAGGAGUUCAUCGACGGCAGCCAGGGGGAGAUCCAGCCGGACCAUGCAGCUGCGAGGCUGCAGAUGCAGCAGGCGAACCACCACCCCCGUGCCCCAACUCACUGUUGCUCCUUCGCACCUCGAUGCUGCUGGCUGGAAGCAACUUUAUCCUUGUCGUCGCCCUGUUGUAUUUAAUCUUCGGCCAGCCGCGCAGUUAGGCUUUCAUCAGAUCUAGUGAUGUAUCAAGAGUUCAGUCGCCGGUCUAGCUCUUUUGUCUUGUAAUCGCACUCUCUAAUCGUGUGUUACACGGUAUCCCACCUGUUAGCACAAUUAGCACUCCAACUGCUCGGUGUGUUGUAUGUGUCAAUGUGUAGUAUUUUUAAUAUAUGUUUGCCGUUGUGUUCU